UAAAAAGUAUCCAUACAUCUAUUUUUGAGAUGCACGGUAAAAGCAUUCUAUAUUAGUUUAUUUUUUGAUAAAAUUUUGAGGUUGUAUAAUAAUUCAAAAUGUAAUACACAUUUGAUUAAAAAUUAGACUAUGAAUAUAAUUUAUAUUUUGGGUUCUGUUUUAUUAUUAUUAUUUAAACAAAGUCAAAGUGUGAGAAACAUUCCAUAGGAGCCGCACACACUUGAUUGUUGGUGUAAAAGAAUUUUGGUUUUUAUUAAGUAGAGUAAUAUAUAUAACAGGUACAACGCAAGCAAUUUAUAUACAUAUAUAUGCACUGUAUACAAACCUCAAAAACAACGAAAAUGUGCCAACAUUUAUCACCUUAUGCGAAUGCCCCGGAAGUGCCUAUUCAUAUAUAUAUUUCAAUGCCUUAAUUUACAUGCAAAUAUCUCUUCUCCCUAAUUAAUAUUCAUUCUUAUCAUCUAAAUUCAUUACAACUUCCUUACCAAACCAGAAAUAUAUAUAAAUAUUAUUUUCCUCUCUCUAUAAAAGUUAAAUGAUGAAACCAUAUCCAACUCAUACUAUAUAUAUAUAAUUUCUUUUUAUGCCUGUGCACUUAUUUUCCUUCCAUCAUAGCAAGAGAAACAUUUGUAUAUAUAUGUAGGUAAGAAAGCACAUAAUCAUAAGAGAUUUAUGUAAGAUAUUUUACUGAGCAUAAUAUAAUAACAUUAAUAUAUAAUGGGUUUCUUUAAAACUCUGGCAUUAUUACUAGUAGUGGUAAGUGUGGUGGAGGUAGCAUCAUCAGCUUCCAUCAAUUAUGGGGAUGCCUUGUCCAAGAGUAUUUUGUUCUUCGAAGGCCAGCGUUCAGGGAAGCUACCCUCUUCUCAAAGAAUGACUUGGAGAAAGGAUUCUGCUCUUACAGAUGGCUUUGACAUUGGAGUUGAUUUGGUAGGAGGGUACUACGACGCGGGAGACAACGUGAAGUUUAACUUUCCAAUGGCGUUUUCUACGACCAUGCUAGCGUGGAGCGUGAUAGAGUUCGGAAAGUCCAUGGGACCGGACCUCCCACACGCGCUGGACGCCAUACGAUGGGGCACAGACUACUUCCUUAAGGCCACGAGUGUCCCUGGCUUUGUCUUUGUCCAAGUUGGAGAUCCUUAUGGAGAUCACAUGUGUUGGGAGAGGCCCGAAGAUAUGGACACCCCUAGAACACCCUUCGCCGUCUCCAAACAGUUUCCUGGCUCUGAGGUUUCCGCCGAGAUGGCUGCCGCUCUCGCGGCUUCUUCCAUGGCCUUUCGCUCCACUGAUCGGGGAUACUCUGCUAGGCUUCUGAAAAGAGCCAGAAUGGUGUUUGAUUUUGCUGAUAAGAACAGGGGAUCCUACAAUGACACUCUUGGACACUGGGUUUGUCCCUUCUAUUGUGAUUUCAGUGGCUAUCAGGAUGAAUUGUUAUGGGGAGCAGCAUGGUUGUUCAAGGCAACAAAUGAACCUUACUAUUGGAAUUAUGUCAUGACAAAUAGACAAACCUUGAAAAGUAGUACUAUUGUGAAACAUAUAGACAUCGAUGGUGUCAAAUACUCAAAUGCUUAUUCCUUUGCUGAGUUUGGAUGGGAUACAAAGACCGCUGGAAUAAAUGUACUCAUUUCCAAGUUUCUCUUGCCUAGCGCCAGUGCUAGCUCUUCCCCAUUCAUUGCCGACGCCGACAAUUUCAUUUGCUCAGUUUUGCCAGAAUCGCCAACCAAAUCCGUAUCAUAUUCUCCAGGUGGGCUUUUAUUUAAACCUGGAGGAAGUAACUUGCAGCAUGCAACAGCCUUAUCAUUUCUUCUAGUUGCAUAUUCUCGUUAUUUGAACCAAGCCAAGAGAGUAGUCCACUGUGGCAAUAUCGUGGCCUCUCCCUCUAGGCUUAUUGCAGUGGCAAGAAGUCAAGUGGAUUACAUCUUAGGAAAUAAUCCAAUGAAAAUGUCAUAUAUGGUAGGUUAUGGUGCAAAGUUUCCUCAAAAAAUUCAUCACCGUGGAUCAUCUUUACCGUCAAUAGAUAAUCAGAAAGGCCACAUAGAUUGUCAUGGUGGGACCACAUACUUCCUUAGCAAUAAUCCUAAUCCAAAUGUGCUAACAGGAGCCAUUGUCGGAGGACCUGACAUUUCCGAUUCUUACUCUGAUUCUCGAUCUGAUUUUGUUCAUUCUGAACCCGCUACAUAUAUAAAUGCACCUUUUGUGGGUGUUUUGGCUUACUUCAGAUCACACCCAUCUAAAUAGCUAGCUUUGUAACUUUUUUUCUUUUUCUUCAUUCGGUUUUCGGUCUCAAAGGUGAUGAAUUCAUUGUACGUACUUUUUAGAAUGACGUUUUGUCGAAAAGAAAUACAAGAGUAUAAUAAAAGUUAGAUAUGUGAUUGAAUUAAUAUCAUAUUGUUAGCCCGCAGUUACCUCUACCAUAAUCUAUACACAUGCGGCCACAUACAUCCCAAGUAA